CUGCUGUUUGCUAUUAUAAUUCUUUACACACAAAGUAUGUUUCAAAGUGCAUUAUCAUAACAGUAAUUCCAAAACACACAGAAACACAGAUUUCUGUUCCCCAGACAAAUAGCAGUAAAAUGAACGGUUAAAGACAUUUUCAGUGUCAGAUACAGAGGUGUGUGUCGUGAUGCAUUAGAUUAAUUUUGGUUAAUUACUACUACAGUUUUAACUUGAAAGACAGGCGCCAUGAGAGAGAAGCGAUUAAGAAUAUAGGAAUGGCCUGAAAGAAAGGCAGGGAGAGAGCGGUUAGGCUCUUACAAAGCCUGUGUAUUGUAGCCUUGGUGGUCUUGCGACCUGCAGCUUCAACAGUAACAGCACCCUGACACUUAGGUGGUUUUGCAUUUCUCGUAACGCAACAGCUUUGGGUUCCUUCUACUGAACAAAUAUACAAUUGGACGUGCACGCCCCGACUUCUCUUCUUGAACAUUCUGUGAGGUUUUUGGUUUAAUGCUGAGAGGGCAGGACAAUAACGACACUCGAGGGUCACAGGACAGCCAUCGAAAAUUGGACCUAAAUAAAUAAAGUGAAAUAAAAUUAUAAAAAAGGAGGACAUUUCAGAAACUCUUUGCUUUAUCUGGUAGCCAGCUGUCUUGUGAAACGCAGAGCCACGUCCGCUUCCUGUUACUCUGUGACAACUUCCUGUUUUGUGGCUGACUGAAGGGAGGAAGCCCUCUCUUUCAGCCUGGUCGUCAUGGCGACCGCAGUUCAACCGAGCGAAUUGAUGUUUGAAUUUGCCAGCAAUGGGAUGGAUGAAAUCAACCAGCUUGAUGACCCGUCUGUGUUCCCGGCAGUGAUUGUGGAGCAGAUCCCUGCUGCUGACCUCAUGCAGGUGUACUCAGGGCUGGAGUCAGACGAGGUCCCCAAUGGAAUCAUGGCAGACACCUCGCUGGAUGUCGCUGAAGAACAGAUCAUUGGUGUGAACAUUGGACUCUCAGUGGAGUCCUCCUGCCCCGAUAACGAGGAGACGAUGGAAACCAUAGAGGCUGCAGAAGCACUAUUGAACAUGGAGUCGCCCAACAACAUCCUGGAUGAGAAGCGCAUGCUUCACGGCUAUAGCACUCUGCUGGGCAGUGAACUCACCUAUGUGUCACUGCGACCCGAGCAGCUCCAGAACAGCUUCAAUGGAAUGGAUGUGUCCUUUGACGAGGAGGAGUCCAUGGAUGAAAUCCCACAGAAGAGCCCCAGUAAACCUCACAGGAAAAAGAAAGUUCAGAGACCGAGACCAGUCCGUCCCUCUUCCCCUGUGAGUGCUCCCAGCCUUCCUCUGAAGAAGAAAAGCAAGGAUGGAAAAGGGAACACAAUCUACCUGUGGGAGUUUCUCCUUGCGCUUCUUCAGGAUAAGAACACGUGUCCCAAGUACAUCAAGUGGACUCAGAGGGAAAAGGGCAUUUUCAAGCUAGUGGAUUCCAAAGCUGUAUCCAAACUCUGGGGCAAGCACAAAAAUAAACCCGAUAUGAACUAUGAAACGAUGGGCCGGGCUCUCAGGUAUUAUUACCAGCGUGGCAUCCUAGCGAAAGUGGAGGGCCAGAGACUGGUGUACCAAUUCAAAGAAAUGCCCAAGGACCUAAUAGUAAUUGAUGAUGAGGACAACCAAGGCUGUGAUUCCAUUCCCAGUCACGUGGUGAACCACUCCGUCUCCCCGGGGGGUAGGGGAGGGCAGCGCGGGACGUCUCGCUCUAGCCAGGGAAGGACCCCCCCGCAGCCGGUCCUGAUGCGCUCGGUGAAACAGGAGCAGACCUCCGGGGUGGUGUUUCAGGAGGUGAACGGGAGGCUGCCGGGGGAACAGCUCCUGCAAACUGUACACGUCCUGCAGCCAAACCAGGGAGCAGCCGUCCCUGCACCAGCUCAAACACAUACAAUCAGGGCCAUCAAUGUGCCAGUGUCUGCCCAGGCUAGCUACCCUAUGAUGCUCACCUCUGGAGCUCAAGGUGGGGGGACUGUGACUCUGCAGACUGUGCCUCUGACCACUAUGUUGGCCAACGGGGACACUGCAACCUCUCCUACACAGAGGGUGAUCCUUCACACAGUGCCCUCAUCUACCCCAGGGCUCAAAGACAUGGUGUUCCAGACAGCACUAACCUCCACAGCCAGUGGUGCUCCUGAGAACUUCCAGCAAGAGCAGCAGCUCAUGGUCACUAGCCUUGCCUCCUCAUCUGGUGGUCUGAUCAACACCAUGGCCCAGUCCAGCUCCUUGAACGGCAUCACCCGUCUGGUCACGCUUAACGCCAGUGGGCAGCCUGUAGUGGCAGAACAUCCAGGCACAGUCAUCGCUACCGUCAUCAAACCCAGCGAGAUGAAUGGCAUCCACAUCAAAGAGGAGAUCCUGGACCCACAGUACCUGCAGUCCCUGGUCAAUGGCGAUCUCACCGCUGACUCCAAUAAUGGGGCAACUAAGAAAGGAUCUGCAGAUGGAGCAGGGAUGGAGUUCAGUUACCGAACCGUCAUUAUCACAGGAACUCAGGACACCAGCCAAGUACUGGCAGCCGAGCUAAAUGGACAUUCGGAAGGUGAAGAACAGAGCAGAAGCCCUACAGUUGGCCUUACACCUGUGGAAGAACUGGAAGUCAAUGGGGAAAUGGCGUUGGAGCCUGACCAUAGACCAAAGCAACACAAUUCAGCCCCACAGGGCCUCUCCCAAGGGAUGGAAGAGGUCCAGCAAAUACAACUGACCAGGUGCCCGCCUCUGGCUGUUCAACUCAGUUCUGCCUCCUUUGCCACUGUACAGAUAAAGCAGGAACCUUUGGACACAUAAAGAGGGACCUUUCUUUACUAAAAUAACAAGGAAAGCCUGGUCAGUCUCCUAUAAAAAUAACUCUUAAUUUAUUUCUCUUAAGAAUAGGUCAGCUAUUGGCCUAUUGGACUUAUGUUUACUUUCAGUAAAAAUACUGUGCCUAAAGUGCUUAGCAUAAGAUAUUGGCAUAGGCAUCCAUAAAUAUACAGCUUAGCUGUGUGGCCCCCUCCUCCCCAGUGUUAAAAACCACAAGGAGAACAGCCAUCUCAGGACCAGAACAGAUUCACCAGUUGUGCCAGUUGACAAAUUAGUUGGUAUUAUCUUCAGUUCUCUACCAGCGUUACUUAAAGUGGACAUUGUGAGUUUACACUGUGAAAGAAAAUAAAAGUUUCCCAUAUGCAUGGGGUGGAUACUGCAUUAUGUGAAAGAAACCAAAAAAAGCUUCUUAGAUUUGAGGGCCAAAAUGUUAUCGGAUGUAUUUUUUAAAUUUUUUUUUGUAUCUGGACAAAAAACAUGCCGCAUUUCACUUACAACCCUGCAAUGUUCUUUUAAAACUCAUCAGGACUAGGAGUUGUGUGUUUUUAUUAAGACAACUCACUCUCAAUCAGACCUAUUAAAAUGCAAGCCAUUUUAAAUAAUUUCCAUCGCGAACGAUUGCAGAAGAAUUGC